CCCUGCCCGUGAGCGAGAAUACCCGAAGAAGAUGACGAUGUUGAGCUUUUUAAGUCAGUUGAACACAACAUUGUCUUUAUUGGACACGUAGGAAAUAGUGAAACUAGGAAAAAGAAAGAGACUGUCGGCAAAGAAACGACUUUAAAAAAAAGAACAGACCGCCGCAUAUUUUCGUGGGGCUGAGGAGCCACUAUGGAGGAUAUCAACUCAAAUAUCAACGCCGACUUGGAGGUGCGGAAGCUUCAGGACUUGGUGAAGAAACUCGAACAGCAAAAUGAACAGCUUCGGAGUAGGUCCACAAUGCUGUCAGGGAACAACAGACCCCUCAGCGCCGGAUACGACUCGUCGUCCCUGUCAGCGGGGAUGAGUGCCGGGCUGGCCGGCUUCCCUGGGGUGGGGUUCGGCGGCUUGUUGGAGAACAACCGCUGUCUGAGCCCCAGACUGUCUUAUGACGGCAUCAGCUUCAGGAGGGCGUAUGAAUGUGAGGGGGCAUCUGCUGCCACCUCUGUACCGAGUAUGAACUCACGUUAUGCCGACACUACCGGAGGCUUUAUGGACGAAGGGGAAACCUCAAUCCUAGAUGAAGUGGAAAUCUUAGAUCUCGAAGACAUGGAUUGUCUACACGAAGACGAGGACAGCUGGUUAUAUGAAGCCAAACUGAACAGUCCUCUGCAGAAAGCCUUGAGUCCUAUCGUGUGGUGCCGUCAAGCUCUUGACAACCCCAGUCCUGAUAUGGAAUCAGCCAAGCGCUCCCUCAUCCAUAGACUGGACCUCACUAUGUCAGCCAACAAGCGCAGGAGUCUGUAUGGAAGCCCCUACAACCACCAGCUGGGUUAUGGAAGUCCUUACAGCAUGGACGCAGCUAACAGCCCUUACAGCAGUGGCUUCAACUCCCCCUCCUCGACCCCCAGCAGAGUGCCCAUCGUCAGACAGCAGCUCAUGCCGGGGAACGCAGCACACCAGCGUAACACAGCGGCAGAGAGGAAUCCUCCAGCUGUGAGCCCGCAGUCAUCAGUGGACAGUGAGCUGAGCACCUCAGAAAUGGACGAGGACUCAGUUGGCUCCUCAACUACCUACAAACUCAAUGAUGUCACUGAUGUCCAGAUACUGGCGCGCAUGCAGGAAGAGAGUUUGAGACAGGACUACGCUGCUACGGCGUCCAGACGGAGCUCGGGUUCGUCCUGCCACUCGCUGAGACGCAGCACCUUCAGCGACCAGGAGUUGGACGCGCACAGCCUGGAGGACGACGAGGAGGCGGUGCACCCGGCCUUCCACCUGCCUUCCAACCGCUUCAGCCCCUCCCCUCGUCACUCCCCCCGCGCCUCCCCCAGGAACUCGCCCCGCUCACGCUCCCCGGCCCGCUCCAUCGAUUACAGCCACAGCCGCGGCUCGCCUCAACCCAUUAUCAGCCGCCUGCAGCAGCCGCGCCACUCGCUGCAGGGACACGGGCACGACCUGCAGACCAACGUGGUGAAGAACGAAGAAAAGCUGCGCCGUAGUCUUCCCAACCUCACACGCUCCUCGGCGGCGACGGCCCAGGUCCAGGAGCCUGUCAAGAACAGCCGCAGCUGUGAGUCUAACCUGCAAGUGCCAAACGGCGGCUCUCCUCGACACCAGAGCCAGUCUGCUACAGCGGCACCUUCACUCCCGAGAUACUCCACCCCUUCUCGCUCCUCCCCGAAACCCAAACAGCACCUCCAAAGUCCAACUGCCCUGCGAGUUCCCUCUCCCAGUAAGCUGCGAACUCCAGCCACCCCCUCCCCGCUGGCCUUGAGGCAGCCGGUAAAGGCCACAUCCAACCCAGGUUCUGCCACUUCCACCCCUACCCGCUCCCUGGGUCCUCCACGCAGCGGCCUGCCCCGCCCCAGUGCUUCUGCGGGAGGAGGGAUACCUCUGCCCCGCAGCAAACUGGCCCAACCUGUGCGCAGAUCGUUGCCUGCUCCUAGGACCUACAGCGGCGCAGGUGACAACUGGAGAGAAGGUUGUUACUGAGUUGGGCCAGCAGGGGGCACUCAAGUCAAACUAUCAACACAAGGAGGCAGACAUUAUUACAACAUGGCACUUUAUCUACCUAGAUAACUUUUAACAGUGAAGAGAGAGUGAAAGACUAUGUCCCAAAAAUAUAUCAAAGUUCUGAAUUCAAAAGAGGGGAAGAAGGCGUCCACAUGGUGUCAGAGGACCUCCCAUCGUGUUUCUCUGUGGGGAUUGGCUCUGGAGGGGUCAGGCAUGCAGACAGCCCAAUAAAUGCCAAAGAAACCAGCCCGACUCCAGCUCCGCCAGCAGAGGACACGUCACCUGCCUUCAGUUUGACUGCAAUCAUCUGUCAGUCCUGACGCUCUGACAGUCCGUAUCACUACAUUGUCCGGCUUUCUUCCCCUCUCUCCCCCCCCCCCCCCCCCCUCUUUGUGCUUCUUUUUCCUCACCGCCCUCAGGCUGAAAUGUUUCCACGCAUUUCCUCUCUUUACGCUCUGUGUUCAACAGAUGUUGGCAAGAGAUCUCUAUGAUGAUGCUGUGCAGGUGAAAAAAAUGUCCCGUAACGUUUGAGAAUUGUUGAUGUCUUGCAACAGUGAAAGCACCUCUGUGUGGGUAUGACGUUUAAGAAUCUUUCCUCUUGUAAAAUCAGCCAGAAUGUAUGCACAAGUUUGUUUUUUGCAAAUUAUUUAUUCAAAUUAUUUAAGAAAAAAGUGUAUGUCCAAAACAUCCAUAUCAGUAUUUUGUUUGAAGAUUUCAAAAUUGUUAAAAAGAAAAAUGUACGUUUUUUGAACCUCAACUUCAAGCUAACUCUCCAAAGCCUUUUUUUUUUUUUGUUAGUUUUUUUUGUUUUCAAAGUGUCAAAUCAGGAUUCAUAGGGACACCUCGGCCAAAGCCUGUCCUGACUUGGACCACAGUUUGCCAAUUCUUAAGUGCUUUGAUUGGUCAGUUUCAGUUCAGGUUGACAUAAAGGAAGAGUUAAAUCUGCUGUCUGAAACAAACUUAUCGAUUGAGAAAGAAACCUGAGCUCAAAAUACUAUAUCUUAUCCUCGUUCAACCCUUUCAGCCAAUGAGAACAUUUUGAUGUGGUUCGUUUAAAUUUAUCAGUGUAUAUCAUUCAUGCCAUGAAAUGAAAACAAAAAAAGAAAAAGUAUCUCGACUCGGAAGAUAAGUUGAAUAAGUUUUGGCUGGCUUUUACCUCUUGUGCUAUGAGAAUGAAUCAAAAGUGUGCCAGUGUUAGGGAAGGUGUUCUGGUAAUUGGUGUGGUGGGUUAUUAAACUAGUGCCUAUAAUUUUAAGUUUUACUUGAGUUUGAACAUCAUGUUUUUGUUUGUUUGUUUAUCAUUUGGUGCCAAUUUCUGGUUUUGCCAAUUUCAUUUGCAAUUUUUUUUGCAUCUCUGCUUGAUUGAGUUUUUGCCUGCCUGUUUGUUUGUUUUUUGUAACUGAAUCUAUACAUUUAUAAUUGCUUUAAAUAAAAAGUUUAAUAUGCGCCUUCAUAUUUAUAACUAAUUACUCAUUCUGUAAAUUAAACUAUUUAUUGAAAAGAGAGGUGCCUCUGUCAAAGCUCAGACUCAGUGGGAAGCUGGAGAGAAUGUUGCAAAAAGACAUACCACACCUUUUGUGUGAAAGUUUUUGUUAUUUUUUUUAUAUCCACAAACAUGACAUUCAGUUUCCCUGUGUAAAGUCACAUUUCAAAUAAAAGCUGAAAAAUUCA